AUGGCGUCUCAUCCCAGCCUUCUUUUUCACGCCUUUCUUUUCCUUCUUCUCGCCGGCGACGGCGAGGCCGCCACAUUAAGCUCCCCGACGGCGGCCGCCGGCGUACUGAACACCACGGAAUUCAUCCGCCAGUCCUGCGACGGCACCCUGUACCCUAGCCUCUGCUUCACUUCCCUCGUCGGUUACGCCUCCGUGGUCCAGCAGAGCGACGCCCGGCUCUCCCAGGUGGCCUCCGACUUCACGUCGGCCAGGGUACGCUCCGCCUCCCGGAGCCUGUCGGGCGCUCUGGCGAGCACGGGCCCCGUUGCGGGGCCCCGCCUGCGCGCGGCCCUGCGAGACUGCUCCGACCUGAUGAGCGACGCGGCGGAGUGGGCGGGGCAGGCGGCGGAGGCGCUGCGCGGGGUGGAGAACUUGGUGGGGCCGGAGGUGACGUGGCGGGUGUCCAACGCGCUGACGUGGAUGAGCUCCGCGCUGACGGACGAGGACACGUGCACGGACGAGCUGGAGAAGCUGGCGGCCCCGACGGGAUCAGCCGACUGCUGGUCGAAGGCCAGCGAGGUGUACCGCCGGGUGAGGAAGGCGGAGAAGCACACCAGCAUCGCCCUGGCACUCAUCCACAAGCUCGGCUUCUAG